GUUUGAAGGCAAGCAGAAACCAAGUGCACCGUACGAGACAGAGCCAUGGCUCAAUCCGUGCUAUUGGCCAGCACUGGAGGCCGAUCGUUGAGCUCCACCAUGGAGCCAUUGCUCCAGGGACAGAUUCACCGGCUCCGGCCGACGCGGUUCUCCGACCUCCUCCUUCCUCGGACUCCUCGCAGACACCUGCCUUCCACUUCUUCUUCUUCCUUCUUCCCAACUCUUGCUUUGUUCAAGGCUAAAACCAAAGCUCCUCCAGCGAAGGUGGAGACGAAGAAGCCGAAGGUUGAGGAUGGCAUCUUUGGCACCUCCGGGGGGAUUGGGUUCACCAAGCAGAACGAGCUCUUCGUUGGCCGCGUCGCCAUGCUGGGGUUUGCAGUGAGUAUUCUGCGUCCUUUCCCUUCUCAUUCCAACCUCUCGUACUCAACUCGAUCAUAUCCGCAGGCUUCUCUGCUAGGAGAAGGCAUCACAGGGAAAGGAAUCCUAGCACAAUUGAACUUGGAAACCGGCAUACCGAUCUACGAGGCCGAGCCGCUCCUCCUCUUCUUCAUCCUCUUCACCCUCCUCGGAGCAAUAGGAGCGCUCGGUGACCGAGGACAGUUUGUUGAUGAUUCUCCCACCGGGCUCGGGAAGGCUGUCAUCCCCCCGGGGAAGGGCUUCCGAGCUGCUCUGGGACUCGAGGAAGGAGGGCCCCUCUUCGGAUUCACGAAAGCGAACGAGCUCUUUGUUGGAAGAUUAGCGCAGCUGGGCAUUGCGUUCUCCAUUAUCGGGGAAAUAAUCACAGGAAAGGGUGCGUUGGCGCAGCUAAACAUCGAGACCGGAGUGCCGGUCAGUGAACUCGAACCGCUGGUACUAUUCAACGUUGCCUUCUUCUUCUUCGCUGCAUUGAAUCCAGGAACUGGGAAAUUUGUGACCGACGAAGUCGAAGAAUGAGGAAAGCAAAUUAGGAUGCAGCGCGAAUUCUUCUUGUUCAUUUGUGUAGUCAAUAGUUAUUGUAGUUCAGUGAUCCGAAAUGCUUGGGAUGGUCAA